GGAAAAAAAUUCUUAAAAUUUCAUUCUUUGCCAGUUUUUAUGAUUUUGCCCCUCACUGUAAUGCAUUUGUUUAUGUCAUGUGCUUUAACCAAACAGAAAAGAUUACAUAAUAAUCCUGUUGGUCAAAGUAUUUCACAAACUAGGAGAUGCAUCAGCUUGGAAGCUCCGCCCCUCAUCAGUGCAGUUUGAACUCUGCUCUCCUGGACAAAUAUUUGCCUAGUCCUUGACUGAUGGAUAAACCAUUCUCUUUGAGGUGACAGUCUCUGAGCAGCUUGGCGUGAAUCAAAAUGUCCUACAGUAACAGGCUUCUGGUGAAGAACGCUCAACAGGUGGUUCUGAUCUGCAACAAAGGGGAAAAGUACCUGAGAAAUGAUGGCUUGCACAGUCUGUGUGUAAUUGAAAAUGGCAGUGUGGUGAUUGGAAGUGAUGGGCUGAUUAAAGCUGUGGGGCCUGCUGACACUAUCAAAGCUCAGUAUCCAGAGGCUUCAUUUGAUAAAGUGAUUGAUGCGACAGGAAUGUGUGUCCUGCCUGGGUUGGUUGACGCCCACACUCAUCCAGUUUGGGCUGGUGACAGAGUGCAUGAAUUUGCAAUGAAGCUGGCAGGUGCUACCUAUAUGGACGUACAUCGGGCAGGUGGAGGCAUCCACUUCACCGUGGAGCACACCCGAGCUGCUAAAGCUUCAGAGCUGCUGUCCUCUCUGAGCAGCAGGUUGGUUCGGAUGCAGCGAGCCGGAACCACUCUGGUGGAGUGUAAGAGUGGCUAUGGCCUGGACCUGCAGACAGAAGUCAAGAUGCUGGAGGUGAUUGAGGAGGCCAGGCGCACUCUGCCCAUCAACAUCUCCUCAACCUACUGUGGAGCACAUGCAGUGCCUAAAGGGAAGACGGUUGCAGAAGCUACUGAAGACAUUCUACAGGUUCAACUGCCUCGGCUCAGAGAACGCAUAUCAGCCGGGACUCUUAGAGUGGACAACAUCGAUGUGUUUUGUGAGCAGGGAGUGUUUGACCUCAGCUCUUCACGUUCCAUCCUGCAGGCAGGCAAAGACAUGGGUCUCAACAUCAAUUUCCAUGGAGAUGAGCUCCAUCCCAUGAACUCUGCGCAGAUGGGGGCAGAGCUUGGAGCCUUAGCCAUCAGUCACCUGGAGGAAGUCACAGAUGAAGGGAUUGCUGCCAUGGCAAAAGCAAAAACUGCUGCAGUCCUUCUGCCAACUACAGCUUACAUUCUGCGGCUUCCCCAGCCCCGGGCCAGGGACAUGCUGGAUGCUGGAGUAAUUGUUGCCCUCGGCAGUGACUUCAACCCUAAUGCCUACUGCUGCUCCAUGCCAAUAGUGAUGCACCUGGCCUGUGUCAAUAUGAGGAUGUCCAUGCCUGAGGCUUUGGCUGCGGCCACCAUCAAUGCAGCCUACGCCCUUGGCUGCUCCCACACACACGGCUCCCUGGAGGUCAACAAACAUGGAGACCUACUGGUCCUCAACACCACACGAUGGGAGCACCUGAUCUACCAGCUGGGUGGUCAUCAGGAACUCAUUCGUUAUGUCAUCAUCAAGGGCAACAUUAUCUACGACAAUGACAAAAUCACAACCUUAUAACAAAGGAACAAAGAUUAAGAAUUGUGCCUAAGAUCAAUGAAACAAUGUUCUAUCCUAACAGUAAUUAACAAAUCCUGCUGAUGCUCAGGUAUUUUAGAUAAAUGUCAUAUCAAUUGACUUUGUGUUUCUGUAAUGCAUGUGCCUUCUUCUUUGUUCUCAGAACGAAUAAAAUGUUUGGCGUCUUAAGAGGUUAAAAGGUUUGUUGACUGAAUGGAUUUGCUAACUAUGCUUUUAUCUGACACAUUUAAG